AUGCGCCCGCCGACCAAGAAACGAAAAAUUGCGGCCCCCGCACAGCCGGAGGAAAUAUCAUUCAACCCAGACUCCCGGGCAGAGUUUCUGACCGGAUUCCACAAGCGAAAAAUCCGACAAGAACGAAAGGCAGAAUUCGAAGAAGCGUUGAAGCGACAUAGAGCUGAGAUGGAGGCGCUGAAUGGAUUCCCUGCCACGGAGGAAGAGUCUGGGUCUGGCUCGGAGCAAGACAGAGACGAUGACGAGGAAGAAGAAUGGGGCGGAAUUGUCGAGCCACCGCCUGUGGACUACGAGGCUGAAUAUAUUGACGAGGAUAAAUAUACGACCGUCACUGUGGAGGAGAUUGAAGCUACCAGGGAGGGGCUGGUGCCAAGGAGAGAAAUGAACGACAAAAAGGACGAUGAAUAUGAAGAUUCAGGAGACGGAGAGGAGGAGGAAGAGGAAGAGGAAGAAGGAGACAAAGAGAAGAACGACGGAAUGUCGAAAAAGAAGAAGAUAUGGAUGAAGGAUAACCCGAAUAAAGAUGUGAAGAAGAAACGGAAGCGGAAGCGGGAUUUCAAGUAUGAGAGUCCGCUGGAAAGAAAGCUGAAUAGAGCUAAGGAGCGUGGGAGGAAGAAGAAGCAGGCUGAGGCAAGGAAGGCUAAGAAACGGUGA